CCGCCGCGUCGUUCAGGUUCCGACGAUUCCACAUUUGCCCCUUGGUCCCCCUUUUUAUUUGGUGUAGCAUUGUUGUCGCAGGAGCACGUUCUUGAGCAGCGCAAGAAGGCGUCCCAGCCCUUCAGUCUUGCCCUAACCUCAAAAUGCCCGCUGCCCGGUAGUCGGAGAAGGCCCGUCCGGCCAUGGACGGCGCGCGCUGGCACCAGGACGUGUGGGUCAUCACGUCGAGCGUGCUGACGGGGUGCGUGGUGUUCGUGACGCUGGUGUACUGCAUGUACUGCUGCCUGCGCGCCGCCGAGCCCGCGCAGGGCCGCUACCGGGACUGGGGCUCGAACCGCUCCGGCUCGUCGAACCGCUGGUGGUGGUGGUCGCCCCGUUACGGCGUCGUGAGCGUGGUCUACCCGGCCGCCGCGCCGCCCGCCCCCGUGCCCGUGCCCGGCGCGCCCCUGCAGCCCCUGCACGCCGUCACCGUGUACCCGGAGGCCGCGCCGCCCUACACGGCCUACGCCGCGCCGCCCCCAGCGGCGGCCCCCCAGCAGCAGCAGCAGCAGGGCGGCGCCAAGGAGGACGCCGACAAGAAGAAGUAGGGCAGGGAUGUCAAUAAACGGCUAACGCGAGGA